AUGGAAAAAGAGCUGGACUUUGGUUUUCCUGGAACCUCGUUCUUCUCACAAGUCAGCAAUGAGAUUCAUUCCAAACCUGAUACAAAUGUAACCUUGGUCCCUGAAAAUGAUCUGACUCGUCAUGUUUUCCUCUUGAGUGCCAUUUUGAGAGUUAUGGACCGCAAAGCAGACAUCCUCACACAUUCUGAUCUUCUGUACCUCACAGAAACCAUCGAUAAGGCCACUCAACUCAAUAAAAUAGUAGUUUCCACUGAUGUCUUCAUAUCUAUGAUCCGCAAUUGCUUGGAACUAGUCAGCAGGCUCAUCAACCCUGAUAUGGCCGAACAAUGGGAGGUUUUGAUAGCACAUGGGAAUUACCCUGGACCGUUGACAAUGGUGGAGAACAUUGACAAGCUGCUGUGUAUGCUGGCGGAUGCUCUCUGGAUCGAGCGCAAAAGCUUCACAAUGUCAACAAAGAACAUGGAUAUUCAUCUGGAGCCGCGGAGGCUGACGCCAAUGAGCUGUGGUUGUGUGUACAAGCCCUCGGUUCACGGCAGACAGUUCGGCAGCCAUGAUGAGAUCCUCAUACCAGAGUCAGAAAUGCAGCGAGUCUUUUCUCUGGGCCACAAGGAAGUGAUGGUUAUUCAUACCUACUACAGUAACCUGUUAGAGAUGUUGUCCAGACUGGAGGUGAAAACCCUUGCUGACCAACAAGCAGACAAGAGGCAUCACACUGGUCAGCUGGCCACAGCAGUAAUCUCAGCAACAGUUCGAGAUGUUUCCAGGGCAGAAAAUGUUCCUGUCUCUGUCCAGUACACCUUAUCCUCUGGGAUUACGGCAGAGUAUUCCAAACAAGUCACUCCCGUCUGCGUCUUUUGGAAUAUCAUGGCGGGUCAUACAAGUGCUUGGUCCAAGAAAGGGUGCAGAGCACUGCCUUCUCCUCCUGAUGUCACUUCCUGCUUCUGCAACCACACCACCUAUUUUGCUGUCCUCAUGAAUUAUAUGGAGCACAGGUGGAGUGCUAAAGAGGAGAGCAUUCUGACGAAACUGACGUUUAUCGGAUCCGGAGCGUCUCUCUGCGCACUGGUGGUGACCUUGAUGCUGUUUACCGUGUUAGACAUCCCGAAAUCAGAUCGGACAUCAGUUCACAAAAAUCUUUUUGUGUCUCUGACUUGUGCUCAAAUUGUCCUUCUCUGCAGCGGUUCUGCUGUUCAUAAUAAGGUGGCCUGCACGCUUGUGGCAGCUCUGAUGCAUUUGUUCUUCAUGGCAGCCUUCAGCUGGAUGCUGGUGGAGGGCCUGCUGCUCUGGAGCAAAGUAGUGAGCGUUAAUUUGAGCGAGGACCGACACAUGAAAUACUACUACCUGAUUGGCUGGGGUCUGCCCGCGCUGAUCGUUACCAUCACACUGGCCUCUGCUGCUGGGAAUUACUCAGCGGAUGGCCACUGCUGGCUCAGUGUUCAGAACGGAGUCAUAUGGGGCUUUGCAGGACCAGUCAUCUUCAUUAUUAUGGUGAAUGUCAUGAUUCUGACCCGUGUGGUGGUGAUCACCAUGGCCACAGCCAAGAGGAGAUCUUUGAUGAUGACUCUGAACAGCAGCCCAGAAGAGCAGGUCUCCGAGCAGAUAAGGGCAGCAGUGAAAGCCGUGCUGGUCCUGUUGCCGAUCCUGGGCCUGACGUGGCUCUGUGGCGUCCUGGUGCCGUUCUCCGUGGUUAUCGCGUACGUCUUCAGCCUCCUGAACUCGCUGCAGGGCCUCUUCAUCUUCCUGAUAUAUGGAGUGUACAACACUGAGGUUCGAAACACAGUCAACAGAAUCAAAGAAAGAAGAAAAGCCUUAAAUUUCUCCAACUGUGCCAGUUCCAGGCCCUCCAGUUCAGUGGGCAGUUCUCGGCCGGGCAGCUCUCCAGUACCAGGUGUUUUGGACAGGCAAACAGUCACCUACUCCAGCAGCUCAUCGACCCACAGCGACAACAUCUCCCAGAGUUACAACAAAACAAGGCAUCUGUCCCUCCCCUGUGUCCACGACAACUUAAAUGAAGACCUGCGAUGUCCUGACACUGGUGUCCACCUCUCUGGACAGGAGAACCUGAGAAAACCUAAAGACAGACUUCCAAACGAAUGCAGUCUGAACGUACCCAUGGAGGCCGAACUGACAUCCCAAUAUUCACCUCCUCAGCAGAACAGCGACCUGUGUCUUCAUUGAAACAA